ACGUACAUGUAUUGUAGGUGAAAUGAAUGGCUGGUGCAGAAACGGUGCCGGUUUGAACAGGUGCAGUACGUGAAAUCCUACAUCAUACAAAGCUAGAGUAAACUACGGAGAGUUCCAGUAGUCUACUAAGGCAGGGCACAGAGAGCGUUCAGGGCAGUGUCGGGCAACAGCGGGGAGACUCACAAUUACCUGCUUGUGAUUUUCAACUAUCUCUCAGGAUCGGGCGUUUUCCGCCGCACAACCUGUAGGGAGCAACACACAAUUCCACAACCUGUUACAACAACGAAAAGCGAAGCCAUGGCGGCAGCUGCAGCUGCUUUGCCUGAUCUGUCAGCAACGGCAAGUCAACCUGAGCUACAUAUCGGCAAUCUUCCGAGAGGUACGAAAGCCAAGGCGGUCGUGGACGCUCUCCAGAGCCAGUCGGGGUUCACCUUGCAAGUGCUGAAUUGCUCCGUGAAGCACAACUCGCGCAGCGGCAAGUCCUACGCGUUUGCGCGCGUGGAGAGCACAUCGGUCAUGCAGCAGAUUAUCCAGGUGAGCAACGUAGGACUGGGCAUUCGCAUCAACGGCAGGAAACUCUAUGUCAAUCCGUCGAACAAGUCACGACCAAUAUACCUCACCCCACCUGAGCAAAUCAGCACAGUUUCGGUACAAUCUUUCUCCUUGGGUGUAUUCAUGGAACGCAGAAACACCUUCUUCCACCGCUGGUCUUCGUCACCAGAGUACAAGGCUGUCAAGUGUACCAUGAACCUGGAUGACAACACAAUAUCGCUGCAGAUCUCCUCAGACGCAUUUCACUAUAUGCUCAAGUUCUCACUGUGGGAUCUUCAUAACUACGUUGUCAUUGCAGACAGGUCCGGAACGGCGCAGCAGCUAGCUCUCUGCUUUAACCUGGCUGCAGAGGUGUAUCGAAUUCCGCAGGAGAGACUCACCAACGACCUCGAGGCCAAGGAAGAACUGUCGAACGACAUGGAGUACGUUUUUGACGAUGCACAGUCCCCAUUCUGGGAACGGACCCUGGACACAUUCACGACUGAUGGCGACGUUUUGGGACAAUACUUCCACGUGCUCUUAGACGGAAGCGGUCGACCCCAUCUGAGGCGUUUCGUCCGCGAGCUACAAAACAAGUACGAGGAUCUUGAGUUUGUUACGCAAGGUGUCAACGUCAUGCUUCUACCGAUUACACUCAGCCGUCUUCGGUACGAUCAGAUAGCCUUGAAUUACAGCAAUCGGCAUCGGUUCCGGGAGCUCUUUCAACUGGAGGUACUCGUCACGCAGGGUUUGAUCUACCGUGAGAUGCUCAGUUCAGAGUUUUUCCAGGCACUGGAGCAAGGCAGAGCAUUGGAGGCGUUGCGCCACUAUUCGGCAGAGUGGAAGGUUAUGGAGUAUCCACUGGCCGAUCUGCGCGAUGGCAUCGCUCUGGUCGCCAGAGGAGCUGCUGCGGGCGGUGAUGAUGCAGACGGUAGACCACCGUUGAGUGAGCAGCCGGACGCGGGUGACGGAGGCCAGACGCACGUCUGGGUCUAUCGGCUCAACGUCACGCCUCUCACCACGUACGCCAUGGGGCCGGAUUUAGACAUACCGAACCGGGUACUGAGACAUUACAUUCGCAAGAACCCAGGGCUGAUACAAAGCUUUCUCCGCGUGCACUUUGUCGACGAGAAUCAGCAGCGGCUGCGAGUUGGCAACGCGGAACACCCCUUGCAGGAUAUCCUCGACAACGUGGAGCGAAAGCUGGUGGAGGGUAUCAUGCUGUGCGGACGCCAGUACCGUUUUCUGGCAAUGUCCAACAGCCAGCUGCGUGAGCAUGCCUGCUGGUUCGUCUGCACUACCGGUAAUGUGUCGGCAUCGUCAAUUCGCCAGUGGAUGGGCGACUUCCAGGGCAUCAAUAAUGUGGCCAAGUAUGCAGCACGCAUGGGCCAGUGCUUCUCCAGCACGUCAACAUCCGGUCGUCUUGUCAUUCAGAAACACGAGUACGACAUCGUGGAAGAUAUCAAGACACCAGCCGUCCUCGAACAGAAGACGUACACAUUCUCCGACGGCAUCGGCAUGAUCAGCCACGAGUUUGCUAAGGAAGCCCUGACUAGCACGCAGCUGAAAACCAGUGGGCAGGCGGCAGCAUUCCAGAUCCGCUUUGCCGGCUUCAAGGGCGUCGUGGCCGUCUGCAGCACUGUUCCGCGGCAUCUCAAGCUGCGUCUGCGCCCGAGCAUGCGCAAGUUCGAGAGCAGCCACCUGCAGCUGGAGGUGAUCCAGGUUGCGCGGCGGUUCCCGGGUCAUCUCAACCGCGAAAUCAUCCUGCUGCUGAGCACUCUCGACAUACAGGAUGACGUGUUCAUGGGACUGCAGGGCGUCAUGCUCGGCAAGCUGAACUUCAUCAUAGAAGACCGAAAGGCAGCUAUGGUGGAAAUUGCAGCAAGUCACUGUCUUCAGGAGGUCUACGCCACCACCACCACCAUGCAUGCCAUGAUGGCCGCAGGAAUCAGCCCCGGCCGGGAUCCUUACCUGCAAGGCCUUCUGCUGGCUUACCGCCAGAACUACCUGCUCCGCCUCGAGGACAAGGCACACAUCAAUGUCGAGAAGGCGGCACUGCUUAUGGGUGUGCUUGAUGAGAGCAAAACUCUCAACUACGGCGAGGUGCUCAUCCAGAUAUCGGAGCAGGGUGAUGUCGUGCCCAUCGUCGGACUUGUGGCCAUCGCCAAGAACCCAUGUCUGCAUCCCGGUGAUAUUCGACUGCUGAAUGCCGUGCGCCCACCAGCCGGCAAUGCUUACCUGUCCGCUCUGGUUAACUGCCUGGUGUUCCCGGCAAAGGGCAAGCGACCACACCCGAACGAGUGCAGCGGAUCCGAUCUGGACGGUGAUCAGUACUUUGUCACGUGGGAGCCGGCAUUGUUGCCCGGGCGUAUCGUGGAGCCUGCUGACUACGACACAGCACCACCUCUAGUCCAGGACGCUGUCACUAUCGAGAACAUCUGCAGUUUCUUCGCCGACUAUAUGAAAACCGACAUGCUCGGACAGAUCUGCAUCGCACAUCACGCCAAGGCGGAUCGCUCGCUGCUCAAGGCCCUGGACCCGAUCUGCCUAGAACUGGCUGAAAUGCAGUCGCGAGCUGUAGACUAUCCGAAGACUGGAGUCGCCGUGGUAAUGAGCAUGCGUCACCGUGCUAAGUUGUUCCCCGAUUUCCUGAAGAAGCCCAGCAAGAAGUCCUACCGAUCUCAAAAGGUUCUCGGAAAGCUGUUCCGCGCCGUGUCUGAUUACAAACCACCGUCGCCGCAGAGAGCCGACGUAUCCAUUAACGAAGCCCUGAUCGUCGAUGGCAUGCGAGAGUUUCUACCCCCUGCCCGGCACCUCCUGUACGAUUACAAUCAGCAGCUGGUCGCUAUCAUGCGUCGCUAUGGUGUCUGGAAGGAGGCUGAAGCAGUUGGAGGCUACAUGGUGAAGGUGACGUCACGCCACCAUCGCAGACAGAAGCUGCACGAUGUGCAGGCACAGGUACGUUUGGAAACGCUCCGACUCCGUCAGCACUACUAUGAGCAGAACUUCACUGGUCUGGACUCUGUCACAAGGUGGAGCAAGGCGUCCGCAUGGUACUACGCAGCCUAUGACAGCCGCCCCACCGCCGUUGCCAUAUCAACCAGCCGCAGGACAGCACGGAAGGGCGAACAGCAGCUGCUAAGCUUUGGCUGGAUCCCGUACAGCGAGCUAUGUGACAUCUUGAAGUCGAAGCAACCACGCCGUUCAUAACGUCGGCCAAUGACCAGUUAUGUCUCGUUGAAGAUUAUCAUCAUUCAAAAGGCCUCGUUCCUUAUCUUUCUAUCAAUCAUAAACACGCGCAUGCGCGCGCACACACACACACAUACACACACAAACAGAACACAUAUACACACACAUACACACAAACAGAACACAGACACACAAACACACUUGUAUGCACACAUGCAGAUGCUGAGAUUAUGCUCACAUGCACGUAUCAACACGUGCACAAACGUGCGCUCUCUCUCUCUCUCUCACACACAUGCACACAUACACACGCGAAACACUCUUUCUCUCUCUCUUUUUCCCCAUCUCUUACUCCGUGUUCAACCCAACACCCUGCCCCGGAGAGUAUUUACGCGGGGCAUGCACGCUGCUUGACAUCCUACACGUUUCUUCAUGCCGCUACCCCGGAUACCUAUCCAGUAUCUACAUAAUUAUACACGUUUUGUACCUAUCGACUGAUGUCACACUGGACGUUGCGAGCAUGAACACUGCAACCAUGGUUAAACAGUCUAGAUUAGUACGUAGCACAUAGCACAUAGCACAAAACACAUAGCACAUAGCACAUAGUACGUACAUACAGCACAUACAGGCUGCAGACCCGCUGCUCAAUGCAUAUCAUGCGCUCUGGCGGCCGUGCUAAACUGGUCUUGUUUCGAAAUCAAGUGGGAGUAUUGUAAGAUGAGGCGACACCGAAAAUGUCCCUUGUUUCGGGUAACCCGGCCGACCCAGGUUUUGAGCGCCGACCGAUUUUUUUUGGAUGCAGUCAUGUAUAUGUCGUAUCGGGCUCCGCAGUUGACGGUUUCUCCCGGGUUGUACGACGACCUAAUGCCGGUACUAGCUUACGUCAUGUUGGCUGAACGUGUUCCCCUCAAUUACCACCCCCCCCCCCCCAAGGAAUGUUUUUUCACUCAGUACACAUGUAGGAGACAUCAUUCACAAUUCUCUUUUUAAUGCCUCUACGAUCACCUUGUGAUUAUGAGUUAUACAUACAUACAUACAUACAUACACAUGUAGGAAGGUGUAGAAAAAGUAAAACUGUACAAUCUUCGGACCAAGUUUUUCCUAUUGAGCUACCUUAAUGCGUUAGUACGGCAACUGUCAUAUUUGUAUAUACUUAUCAUCAUUAUCAAAUAUCAGUGCAUGGAAUGUUGUGUCAGCUAACUGCCUUUUCGUGUACGCUGUUUAGUCAAUUCAUAAGUAGUAUGCAUUUCUCCUUGUUCUCCCAUUGGUCAAAUCUACUUAGCAACUAGCUAUCUGUAAUCUGAUUGGUUGGCUUUUUUCCGCCUCUGCUGAAUCUUUGUCAUUUUCGAUCCUUUUAUUAUCGUAUAACUCCUGCCGCUUUUGAUGUAAAGUACCUUCAAUCUUCAACCUUCAACCUGAGAUUCGAACUAAGUGUCAAAUUCA